UCCAGAAAAAUAUCCGAUAAUGAUCAAAUGAAAAAUGGGUAAAAGAUACCAAGAACAUGGAUAAUUCUAAUUUGGCCAAGUUUUCGUGUUCCGCAAUCAACCAAGUGUUAGGUCAGCGAAUACUUUUAUGUCACGCAGCCGCACUGAAGUCAUGUAGCCUCGCGCGUCCAUUUUGUUUUUGAGAAUUGCUCUGAAUCUAUGGCGCGGCGUUCUUUUGUCUCCCCGCUGUUUGAUAACCUGUAAUCCAGGAUAGUAACGCUCUUCAAAGGGCUUCAUAAUCGUCGAACUUGCUAAACAUGGUAAAAGAGAUGAUAGGAGGUUGCUGCGUUUGUUCGGACGAGAGAGGUUGGGAUGAAAACCCACUGGUUUACUGCGAUGGACAUGGCUGCAACGUUGCUGUGCAUCAAGCGUGUUACGGUAUCGUGCAAGUUCCAAAGGGACCUUGGUUUUGUCGGAAAUGUGAAUCGCAGGAGAGAAUCGCUCGAGUGAAAUGCGAGUUGUGUCCGUACAAAGAGGGUGCCCUUAAGAGAACAGACACUGGAGGCUGGGCUCAUGUUGUCUGUGCACUGUACAUUCCUGAAGUGCGAUUUGGAAAUGUCACAUCCAUGGAGCCGAUUAUCUUGGCAUCUGUGCCACAUGAUCGCUUCUGCAAGACUUGCUACAUCUGUGAAGAAAGGGGAAGGGAGAGUAAGACGGCACAUGGUGCAUGUAUGAACUGUAACAAAACAGGAUGCAGGCAUGCUUUUCAUGUCACUUGUGCCCAGAGCUCUGGAUUACUGUGUGAGGAAAAUGACGGUCAGUCAGGACCCACUGUCAAGUAUGUGGGCUACUGUCAGUUUCACUGGAACAAAAAGGCUAAAGGUGUUCUCUUUAACAACAAACCGGCUGAGAAAUCAAGCAAUAAGGUGCCAGAGAAAGAGAAAGAGAAAGAAAAAGAAAAAGAGAAAGAUAACAAGGAAAAAGAGAGCAAAGAAAAGGACAACAAGGACAGUAAGGAAAAAGACAGCAAGGAAAAAGCCAAGCCUGACAAAGAAAAAGAAAAGAAAACAACACCUAAACCAAGGCUUUCUGUUGGAGCUACUGCAGUGUCCACUGAACAAUCGCCAAAGUCUGACAGUAGUUCAUCAACCUCAUCAAACCAGCCUGGCACUCCUAAACAGAGAGGCAGGAAGCCUUCUGUUGUGAAGACGCCCACUGAGUCUCCGAGUAGUACAAAGACGACACCAGAGAGCCAAAAACCACCUAGCAUUCCUGGGAAUAGUCCUGGGCGGUUACCGCUGCCUAUUUUAGUACCGUUACCAGCUGCUGUGCCUGCUGCUCAGAGCAGCACAUCUCUUUCGUCGACACCCACUAAGGACACAGCUUCAGUACCUGCGAGUGUUCUCGUGCCAGAGAUGCUGCCAAAGAGUGUUGCAUCUCAGUUACAGGAAAUGCCGCAACCUUCCACGAGUGUCCUUCUACCCGAGAUUGCAAAACAGAUGGAUGUCGAUGUGCCUGCAGCGACGACUGUGCCCAAGCAAACGCCAAAACAGACCGCGACAGGUAACACCUCUAAGAAACGGGCUGCACCCAAAGCCAGUGAUGAACCCAAGAGAAAAGUUGGCAGGCCACCCAUCAAGAAGAAGCCAGACACUCCAUUGGGCGUCCGUAUGAACAAUGCUCAUGCUGCGUCAUCUAAUACAGUAACGUCGCCGUUAAAUACAGCCUUCCCAUCAACUUUUCCCCAAGUCAGCCAGGGGACAUCAACAUCCAUGCCAACAUUUGCAACCUUCUCCAAUCAGAACAUGUUUACAGGCAACAGUCAAGGGUCUAGCGUGCCCCAGAAUGGACCAAGGACUCCAAGCCCCAAUGCCUACAUGAUCCCCCAACCACGGAACAGAGGACUCUUGGAAAAUGGGCAUGUGCAUCGACCGAACAAUACCAGUCAGGCUCCUCUGCAACUUCCGACCAGCCUGGAAGAGCUGCUUGAAUACCAAUGGGAGCAAGGAGCCCAGUUUUUAAUGCAGCAAGCAUCGCAGUAUGACGGCUGGGCUCAUGUUGUCUGUGCACUGUACAUUCCUGAAGUGCGAUUUGGAAAUGUCACAUCCAUGGAGCCGAUUAUCUUGGCAUCCGUACCACAUGAUCGCUUCUGCAAGGUACUGAUGUUAAAUACAUAA